GUAAGUGUCUCUUCAGCUCCUCCUCUCAGACCGCACGCGGAACACUGCUGAGGAAAACACUGCACUUGCUGGAAAAGUCUCUGCAAAAAGUGAAAGACAACAAGAAAGUCUAGCGCGCUGACGUUGUUUAAAAUGUCCGGAGACGCGAAGAAAUUCACUUCAUUCGACAAAGGUAUCAAUUUGGUGUCAAAACCAAGCGAUCUCGAUGAAUAUGAUGAUGAUCCAGAUGUUUUAAGAGCUGUGUUAUCCUGCGGUCACAUCACUGAUCCAGAGACACUGACAGACUGCUGCAGAGCUCAGAUGGAUGAUGGAAAGACCGAAUUCAAAUGUCCGCUGUGUGAGAAGAAAUGGCCAUAUGAUGAAGUGCGAAAACUGGCGAAACUUUCAGAUGAUGAAACAUUAAUUUUUGAGGACAAGGUUGGGACAAACACGGUUAAGAAGUUAGUCGACUUCAGGGGUUGUCCUGGUUGUGGCACCUUCGUUGAAAGGUUGGAUGUGUCCAAUCUCUGUGUAAAAUGCUCAGUUUGCACAGAAAGGACCAGAAAAAGCUAUCAUUUCUGCUGGCAGUGUCUGAGAGAGUGGAAAGGACCCGGACCUCGUGCUGAUCGAUGUGAUAAUGUGGGAUGUGCCAUUGACCAGAAACUGCUCAAAGAUUGUCCACUGAUCACUUUAACAUCAGUUCAAAAUGUGCAGUGUCCAGCAAUCCGUGCUUGCACGUCUUGUGGCGUGCUAACUGAACACAAUAACAAGGGACAUAAAAUUAUAGAAUGCCAUGCAUGCAAUAACCGAUUUUGUUUUAUCUGUUUAAAGCCUGCAGAUGAGUGUAUAAAAUCAGCAACCCAUUACAUUAAAUGCACAGCUGGGGUUGCACCAAGACAAGCUGAUUAACAUAUGUGCAACAAAAUUGAUAUCAUUAAGAGUGCACAGAAAGCAUGGUCUCCCAUGCAUUAAAUUUGCAUUUAUUUAAUUUAUGACAUGUUUAGCUAUUUGAAAAUAUAAAUAAAUAUUUUUUUCUCUGAAAAUUUGUACAUAAACAUUAAUAAAAAUAGUUAAUAUGAAUUGAGGAAAUUAUUCUGCAGUCUUUUAAAGAUAUAUAAUUGCUUUUUAUGAUUAAUAGAGUUAAUUUAGGCUAUUAUUAAUUUAGAAGCUCAAACAUUCCUGAUGUAGCCUCACUGAUUCUCACAAGUCACGAAAACAUUUGAUUUUCCCUUUACCAAAUAAUUGCUCUUUGUAUGUGUGAAUAAAGACCUAAAAUAAAAUCUGCCUGUCCGUCUUUCUAUCCUAUAUUAAUUUUUUAGACAAAGCUUUAAGCCAAUAUAUAUUUUGUUGUUCAGACUUUUCAAUCUAUUUGUAAAAUCAAUUCUUCUUUUUUUUUUUUAUUCAUUGUGGAUUC